AUGGGAUUUGAACAGCUAUUUUGGUCUCAGUAUUACAAGACGGAUGCAUCGCUUUUGGUACAACAAAUACAAUUUGCAUCACAAAAACAUAUUAAAUGUGUUGAAGAGGAGAUGAAGAAGUAUAAAAAGGUGCAGGAGGCGAUAAAUAAGGGCGCCACAACACUGAAAAAAACUUUAUGUCGUGAUUGCAAUAAUAAGCUUCAACAUGAAAUGUCCUCGGCACAAAAAUCAGCAACAACACAGAAUUUUCAAAAGAAGUUGAAACGUCUCCCAGCAGAAACCCGACGUUGCCUUCAGGAAUUAGAGCGUAUUCUUAUUCAGAAAGAAAAGUUGAUAAAUGGACGUGAAGAAGACGAACAAUAUUGUACAAGUGAUGAAUGGUGCGAUCAAGAAGUAGCCGAACUGUCCGCACGCCACGAUAAAGCGACGGAGGAAUUCCAGAGGGACAAACAGAAGCUAAAUAAAGAGAUUUGUGAAUAUAAGACCGUAAUUGAAGACUAUAAUGUAAGAAUUAAAACAAAAGAUCGCACCAUUGAAAAUAAAGAAGCUGACAUAAAAGCUUUAAAAGACAGAAUACAAAGACUGGAAGAAGACAUUAAAAUGCAAGACAAACGAAUCCGUGAUCAAACUGGACUUACUCUGUCUGAAAAGCCGUCACAGGAAGGAAAACGAGACACUGAAAAGAGAUAUGGAAGUACCGGUUUACAAAAAGAAGAAUUGAAUAGAAUACGCGAGGAAAUGGCAAAAUUUCGCUCUGACUCUAUGGUAGCAAUACAAGAGAAAGUCGACAUCGAAAAAAUUUUACACCAAAAGGAAACUGAGCUCAAAAAUGCACAUUCCCAAAUACUCCAAAUGCGCGAGGAAAAUGAAAGCCUGAAAAAGAGUUUUGAGAAGAAGACAGUGGAACUACAGGGAAACGAACAACGACUUGAGAAUAAUCUUCAGGAAUUAAAACAAACAAGAAACGAUCUAGCCACACGAAAACAAGAAUUCGGCAAUUUGGAGACUGACAACCGUAAACUGUGUUCAGAAAUACAGAGAAUUUUACAGGAGAAAGGCAAAUUCGAGAAAGCUUUACAAGAAAAUAGUAAUGAGCUUACCAUUGAACGUUUGCAAGUUGACAAAUUGAACAAUGAAAACAAAAGCCUGGUUGAAGAUCUAGAGAUGAAGACUGUGGAACUACAGGGAAACGAACAACGGCUUGAGGAUAAUCUUCAGGAAUUAAAACAAACAAGAAACGAUCUAGAUGAGAAGAUCAAAGAAGUACAGAUAUUACAUGGGCAACUGGAGGAAAAGCGACAUCCACAGAAAAAAUCAAUUGUGCUGGGUCUGCAUUGUGAUCGUAGUGGAUUAGGCAAGCCUUUCAUUGACAUGGUUACAAAAGAACUGACACGAGGUGUACAGGACAGGCUGGACCACACUAACAUAAAGUUAGCGAUCAACUUUUCCCAGACACCAUCGGAAGUGACCAGUUGGUUGAAAAUUGUCCUCUGUCUGAACAUGUCAAGGAUUGGUACCAAUAUUCUAGACACUUUGAAGGGGAUGAAAGGUGAUAGGGAUGUUAUAGUCCUCGUCCUUCAUCACACAAACAAGGAGAAUUUGUCAUCACUUACUCCCACAAGUCAUCGAGUAACUGGAAGCGAGUUACGGCAGCUGGGCGGAAUCCUCGACAUGGUGUUUUGCAGUGACAGUGGUUUAUAUGAGUGCGACGUCAACAGCAAUGCUAUUGACAAGAUAGCGUCAUUCUUAAGGAAAUACAUUAUAUUAUGA